GACUGGAGACCCCAGCGGACCCCUCCUCCCUCGCGCACCCCCAUGGGUUCCUGGUGCCCAGCCAACUGCACCUGCCUGCAGCCCCCCCCAGGAUGGACUGACCCUGACAGCCUGGCAGAAGGAGCACCCAAAGCUCGAGUGAACAAGGAGGAAAAGUUCUUGGCCCGAGAAGGCAGUGGGCAGGGGGAGCCACAAGCAGUGUGAGUAAGGAUGAAAAAGUGCAGGAGAGUCACUGGUGAGUGGGAAAGGAAGUCAAUUGAGGAGCCGUUAAAAGGAUUGCUUUGCAGUGGUGCUGCUCUUGGCCUAAGGUAGCCCAGAAGUGGUGUCCUCCCUGCCCUGGGGUGUCGUGAGCCCAAGGAAGGGGCGGGCCCCUGAGCUCAGGGAGAAGGCUCCUCUCCCCAGCCCGCUGCACCUCCCAUGUAGCCCGGCAGCUGCUGCCAUGAAUGUGUCCGCGGCCCCAGCAGUGAGCCCCAACAUCACGGUCCUGGAGCCGGUGAAGGGCCCCUGGCAGGUGGCCUUCAUCAUCCUCACCACAGGCCUGCUCUCGCUGGCCACCGUGACGGGCAACCUGCUGGUGCUGGUGUCCUUCAAGGUCAACAGCGAGCUCAAGACGGUCAACAACUACUUCCUGCUGAGCCUGGCGUGCGCCGACCUCAUCAUCGGGGUCGUCUCCAUGAACCUGUACACCACGUACCUGGUCAUGGGCCACUGGGCCCUGGGCUCGCUGGCCUGCGACCUGUGGCUGGCCCUGGACUAUGUGGCCAGCAACGCCUCCGUCAUGAACCUGCUCCUCAUCAGCUUCGACCGCUACUUCUCGGUGACGAGGCCCCUGAGCUACCGGGCCAAGCGCACCCCUCGGCGCGCCGCGCUCAUGAUCGGCCUGGCCUGGCUCGUGUCCUUCGUGCUCUGGGCCCCGGCCAUCCUCUUCUGGCAGUACCUGGUGGGCGAGCGGACCGUGAAGGCCGGCCAGUGCUACAUCCAGUUCCUGUCGGAGCCCAUCAUCACCUUCGGCACGGCCAUGGCCGCCUUCUACCUCCCCGUCACCGUCAUGUGCGUGCUCUACUGGCGCAUCUACCGAGAGACUGAGAACCGUGCCCGGGAGCUGGCCGCUCUGCAGGGCUCCGAGACGCCGGGGAAGGGCCUCGGCGGAGGCAGCAGCAGCAGCUCGGAGCGCUCCCAGCCGGGCCCCGAAGGCUCCCCCGACGCCCCGGCCAGGCGCUGCUGCUGCUGCUGGGGGCCGCGGCUCCUCCCUUCCUACAGCUGGAAGGAGGAGGAGGAAGAGGAGGAGGACGAAGGCUACCUGGAGUCCCUGACGUCCUCCGAGGGAGAGGAGGCGGGCUUCGAGGUGGUCAUCAAGAUGCCCAUGGUGGGGCCCGAGGCGCCCCCUCCGGCCAAGCCGCCGCCCCGGGCCUCCCCGCAGACGGUCAAGCGGCCCACCAAGAAGGCCCGCGAGCGGCCGGGCAAGGAGCCCAAGCGGAAAGGGAAGGAGCAGCUGAGCAAGCGCAAGACCUUCUCGCUGGUCAAGGAGAAGAAGGCUGCGAGGACCCUGAGCGCCAUCCUGCUGGCCUUCAUCCUCACCUGGACGCCCUACAACAUCAUGGUGCUCGUGUCCACCUUCUGCAGCCACUGCGUGCCCGAGACCCUGUGGGAGCUGGGCUACUGGCUCUGCUACGUCAACAGCACCAUCAACCCCAUGUGCUACGCGCUCUGUAACAAGGCCUUCCGCGACACCUUCCGCCUGCUGCUGCUCUGCCGCUGGGACAAGCGGCGCUGGCGGAAGAUCCCCAAGCGCCCGGGCUCUGUCCACCGCACCCCAUCCCGGCAGUGCUGAUGCAGAACCCGGCCGGCCCCGCCCCGCCCCGCCCUGCGCGCUCCCGUGCUUGUGCGCGUCCACCUGGAAGAGAGCCGCCCCCCCCCUCCAGCCACCCCUAUCCAUUCAACUCGACGACUCCAUAUGAAGCGCCUACUGUGUACAGUACGCCGUGGGAGGCGCUGGGGAUAGAGACCCAACACAUGCCCUCGAGGGGCUUACAGCCCGCGGCAGCUCCUGCCCUGCACGACCAGCAAUCCGGGCACAGUGAUCCCGCGGUCCUAGAGGAGGGAGGCGACGUUCGCAGGAAGGAGACUCCGGAAGGCUUCCUGAAAGAGGCGGCCCACAGAGACUUUGGGAAGCCGAGGAAGACGAAGGAGCGCUCCCGGGGAGACCAGGGCCUGUUAAUCCCAAGAAAGAGCAGGCAGGGCCAGGGAAACGGGUUUUUCUGCUUUCUGAUUGGAAGGAAUGGUCCGUGCACCAGGAAGAAGCCCCGGGAGGAGGAUCUAGGCCCCAGACUCCGUGUUUGUUUUAAUCCCGCGGAGAGGUCUGGGCAGACGAGCCGGAGGAGGGGUGGGGGGUGGGGGGGAGAAAGCAGGUUUCUCACCUGGGCCGGGGCGACUGGAGGGGCACGCCCUCUGGUGGCCGUAGUGGAGAACUGACUCCCGAGAGGAGAGGAAAGGAGAGGAGAGACGUCGGGGCUCCCUCGAACAGCCUGGAACUGGGCCAUGAGACGGGACGGGCAGAGAGCUUCCGCCAAGCGGGUCUGGCCCCACCUGGGAGGCCGGGGCCCCGGGCGGUCCUUCCCAGCCCCUGUCCUCUGCCGAUGGCGCCCCCACCGCGAGCCCAGAGCCAAGCCCGGCCCGGGCCGGAAAGGGAAGAGGGAGGGAGAUUGGGUGGGUCCGAUAGAAGGAGGAUCGCUCGGGAGUUCUGGCUUGGCUCCCUCCCCGGCCAAGUCUGCCGUCUAAGGACUAAGUGUCUCGCAUGCGGCCCCUGCCACCGGUCCUGUGAUGCCCUGCUUCCAGCCCUGCCUCCCCGCCCAGCCCCAGAGACCCCCGCAGACACGCAGCCAGGUCUGGGCUCUCCGGCCAGGCACCCCCCGCCGCCCGUGUGCGCCCACAGACCCAAUGUUCCAUGCAUGGCCGCCCAGCCCGCACCCCGCCCGCCCGCCCACCGGGCCCCAUCCUGGCCCUGAAUGUUUCUGUUCUUUCAGUCUUUGGUGAGAGAUGUGUGUAAAUAAAACAAACAGCAGGA